AUGGAUAAUGCUCACUCGUUGAGCACUCCAAUGGUAGUUCGUCCAUUAGACACAAAUAAAGAUCCAUUCCGUCCUAAAGAGGAUGAUGAAAUGAUACUUGGUCCCGAAGUACCAUAUCUUAGUGCGAUAGGUGCUUUAUUAUAUUUAGCCCAAUGUACUAGGCCAGAUAUUGGAUUUUCAGUAAAUUUAUUAGCCAGGUAUAGCUCAGCUCCAACACGUAGACACUGGAAUGGUAUAAAGCAUAUCUUGCACUACCUUUGCGAAACAACUAAUAUGGGGCUGUUUUAUUCGAUUGAACCUUCCAACGGUCCAAAUCUUGUUGGAUACGCGGAUUCUGGGUAUCUCUCUGAUCCACAUAAGGGUCGCUCCCAAACUGAAAUUCUUGCGUUCCAUGAGGCCAAUAGAGAAUGUGUUUGGUUAAGAUCCCUAGUUCAUCAUAUUCGGAAAACAUGUGAUCUUUCUUCAAUAACAAAACCUCCGACAAUCAUGUAUGAAGACAAUGCUGCUUGUAUAGCUCAAAUUAAAGAAGGGUUUAUCAAGGGUGAUAGAACCAAAAAUAUACCACCAAAGUUCUUCUACCCACAUGAGCUUCAGAAGAAUUAA